AGAAACGACACAUUCGCCCACUUUAUUCGCCCAGUGCAUUCGCCAUAUUAUAUUGCUAGACCAUCUUGAAAAUGGCGAGCCAAACUACUGGAAUUCAGCAGCUUUUGAUGGCCGAGAAGAGCGCGGCCGUAAAAGUUGGUGAAGCCAGAGUUCGAAAAACUAGGCGGUUGAAGCAAGCUAAAGAAGAAGCACAAGCAGAAGUAGAAGCCUACAGAAAAGAGCGGGAACACCAGUUUAGAGAGUAUGAAGCAAAGCACAUGGGCUCGAGGGACGACAUCGCAUUGAAAAUUGAGGAUACCACCAAGAUGCGCAUUGCAGAGAUGCAUCAGAAUGUAGCGCUGAAUAAGGAGAAGGUGCUGAAUAGAAUUCUAUCCCUCGUCUAUGACAUUAAGCCAGAGCUUCACAGGAACUUCAAAGCCUAAGGAUGGCAUCGGCACAGACGAAAGGUCGCGGGUCGAUUUUCCGAGUAACGGUGAUCGGUCGUUAAUUAUUGUGGAUUUACGUGAUGAAGUAUGCUAAUCACCCCAGUACUCGUCAUGUAAUGAAGUUAAGCGUUACAGUAUGAGAGUUGCUGUGACCAUAGACCAAUUGGACAACUUCUUCCAAGUAAACACAUCGCGUAUUGUAACUCUGAUAGAGGUGCAGUUGUAGAAGGUGUUGAUGUUAGUAGCAACCAAAUGUAGGUGACAGGGUUCAAAUUUGGCACUAAUUCACUAAUCCAUACUGAC